GGCUGUGUUGGUCGCGAGGAAACGGUGCAUUUGGCACGACUUCCUCAGCGCGCCUUUUCCAACCUCGUUCUCUCUCUUUCGCAGUGUCAUUCUCUCUCUACAUCGACCUUUUCUCUCUGUCUCUCUCCCAUCUGUACAUUUAGCCUUAUCUCCGUUUUGACCUGUCUGUUUUUUUCUUCUCUUUUCCUUUCUUCUUCUCCUCUCGGCUUUCUUCUUUUACCGUAGUUCCUCCUUCUUCUAUCUCUCUCUUAUCUCCCCUUCCGUCCUGCCUUUCUUCUCGUAGACUCCGUCUCUGUGUUCUGUUUCCUCCCUCUUCUUCCGCUCCCUUCUUCUCUGUGUGUCUUUCCUUUUUUGCGUUGAACCUCAAUUUUUCUGCCUUCUUUUCUCGGGGAGUAGCGUCGCAGACCAUCUCGUUCUCUCCGUCUGACUGCCUGACGCAAUUUCUCGCAGUCUCUCGAGCAUGGCUCGACGCCGCCUCUGUGAAGUCAACUGGGCCAGAGUUCCGCAAAUAAAUCUGGGGAAGAUUUUCGACGUUCUUAAAGCGCGCCAAUUUUGGAAGAGGCCAGUCCUGCGCAUGCACUCAACUCUUCGCUGCGAGCUUUGCAUGUGGGGCUCUUUGUUUCUCUUUUCCAGUUUCCUUCGAGGCUCGCCGUUUGUGGCCCUAUUCUCUUUCUUUUUUCGCCUCCAAAAAAAGAAAAAACUUUUCAAUCUUCAUCUAAGAAACAUCUUAUGCGUCCGAGCGACUGUUUCCCCCAUUCCCUCCCGCGGUGUCUGUACACGCGAGCCGCUGCGCAAACUUGCAAUCGAGGCGUUGAGUCGGCAGCCACCGCGAGGCGCACAGGCAGUCCUGGAAAUGCUUUGUCUUCUUUCGCCUCCUCUUCUUUUUCCUUUUCUCCAUUUCCUUCCUUACUCGUAUUUUCUUUCUUCUUCUGAAAAGUUUUCGAGCGGCUUUCUCGCCUCCUGCAGCGCUGGCGUACCAAGAUUCACUGCCCUCCGCUCGCAUCUACUUCUGCUGUUUUCUCUGUGAAAUUUCUCUUCCUGUCGUCUUUCCUCUCUCGCAUCUCCCUUCCGUGCUCUCUUUUUCCGUCUUUCUCUCCAUCCUGCCUUCUCCAGCUUCUCUGUCUGGGCGCCGUCCCCCUAGCCCCCAAGGCUUUUCCUUCGCUUCUCGGACUCCUUUUUUUGCGCGUUUCUUCCUCGUUUCCUCCUCGCUGCGUUGUUUUGCUUCGUGUUGCUCCGCUGGCACUCACAAUGCGAGGGCGCGAGUCUCCCGGCUCGCGUCGAGUCUCGCAGAGAGGUGUAGAGACACCAUGGAGUCGCCAAGUCUGCCCUCUUCCCGGUCGAAGUCGCGAAGGAAACCGUGUCUGUCUCAGGUCCGAAGGUCCGUCGCUCAGCUUCUCUGCUUCUCCACUUGGCGCUCGCGGCGGACGGAAAGGCCUUGCAUGCAUGCAGAUGGGAGGGAAACGCCGAGAACUCUUCGCUCGAGGCAAGAGGCAAGCCUCCCACGGCGGCGGCGUGGACGUACACCGCACCGCAGGGACGCCAGGCUCGACUUCUGCAGAGCCCAGAAGGCAGAAACGCAGACGCGAAAUCGGAGAAGAAACAAGGGAGGAAGGAGACGGAGAAGAAGCAGAGAGAGAUGAAGAAGAGGACAACGAAGAAGAGCGGGGAGCGGAAGAUGCAGGAGAAGAUGCAGAUUCAGUAUCCGAAGCUGAGGGAGAAGAAGAGGGAGAAGAAGAUGCAGAUUCAGUAUCCGAAGCUGACGGACAAGAAGAGGGAGAAGAAGAGGGAGAAGGAGAGGGAGAAGCUGAGGGAGAAGAAGACGCAUCGGACUCUGGCGACGACUUGUUUUCCUCGUGUACAUUUUCGCAAAUGGAGGGUAUUCUUCAUACGCGUUUAAUCCGUACCCUCAACCACCACGGCUUUCGGCGCCUAACUGCAAUCCAGCACCUUGCGAUUCCAACAGUUCUCCAUAGGCACGACACUCUCGUGCAGUGCUUUACAGGUUCGGGCAAGACGCUCUGCUUCGUGGUUCCGCUGCUGCAGCAGCUUCUCGCUGAGCAUGAGCGUACCGGGAAGAGCCUGAGAAGAGGCGACGGAACUCGCGGCCUUCUGCUGAUGCCUACGCGCGAGCUGGCGGUUCAGGCCUGCUCGCAGAUCAGCCGCCUCGCGCAACUCUUCCCCUGGAUCGUCGUCGCUGCUGUCACAGGCGGCGAGAAGAAACAGUCGGAGAAGCGGCGGCUGCGCGCGGGAGUGACGGUGCUGCUCGGCACCCCUGGGCGGCUGUUGGACCAUCUGACCACGACCUCCUGCUUCGAGGUCUCUGCGCUGCACCUGCUCGUGCUCGACGAGGCCGACCGUCUCCUCGACCUUGGCUUCGAGGCGAAGCUGAAGAAAAUCGUGACUCUGCUUGCAGAGAAGAAGGCAGAGCAGCUGCAGAUGAAGGCGCUCAGGCUGCAGAUCCUCGAAGAGCAGAACCCAGAGAGAGAAGAGGAGAGUCGAGCGAGAGAGGAGCACGCGGACGGAGGCAGCGAGGACGACGGCGAGGCGCCCGAUAAGGUGGAGGCUUCAUCUGCGGAGACGAAAAGGAAGAAGGGGGAGAAAGGCUCUUCCGUUGCUGGCAAGUCUUCGUGUGGAAGUGCAGCCGCGCUGUCUGGACGAGGAGAAGAAUUUCAAGUGAUCAUGGCCUCCGCGACUCUCACACCGCAGGUCGAACGCCUCGCCGCCUUCUGCCUGCGCCAGGAGCCUCAGUGGGUGUCUCUGGAUCGGUACCGCGAACCGCUGCUGGAGCGGCUCCGUUUGACGAUGGCCGAGGAGACGGCGAAGCCGCAAGCCACUCCACGUUCGCUGCCAGGCUUCCCUUGCUGCUGCGCGCUGUCUCCGGCGACCUGUGCGUCCUCUGCGCAGACACCCGAGGGUGAGGCACAAGACAGCCAGGCCUCAGCGGAGACGAAGUUCCAUGUGCCGGCGCAACUGCGCCAGUACUACCUCCAGCUGUCGUCUCCGCGUCUCCGACUGCUCCCCCUUCUCGCGCUGCUCCUUCAGGUCGCGAAAACGGGGAAGGGCAAGGCCAUCGUCUUUCUCUCCUGCUGCGACGCGGUCGAGCACCUUCACGCUCUCCUGCAGAGACUCCGGUGGCCGGGACCAAUCCUCGACCGCGAGCAGCGAAAGCGACAGAAGGAGCGCAUUGCACUCAUGCGGCGAAUUCGCGGCACCGCGGGGCGUGAGGCCAUCAGACUCGCCACGCGAGAUCUGGAGAGAAAGCGGAGACGGCGUAAGCGACAGAGUGCCGAGGACGACGCGUCAGACGGCCAGAGCGACCUGGACGAAGAGGAGGAAGACGAAGACGGAGAAGAAGAGGGAGACGAGCUGCUGGGCGAAAUCGUUCUCAGUGGAGUCUCGCUCUUCAAACUCCACGGACAAAUGGAAAGAGACGACAGACUCGGCUAUCUGAAAGAGUUCAGCGAAACCCCAGGCGCCGCCGUUCUCUUCGCCACCGAUGUAGCGGCUCGGGGACUUAACCUCCCCUAUGUCACUUGGAUCGCUCAGUUUGACCUCCCUCAGCAGAUUGAGGAGUACGUACACCGCAUUGGGCGCACCGCAAGACUCGGCAAGCAAGGCAACGCUUUGAUCUUCCUUCUCGACUGCGAGCGAGGGUACGCAGACUAUCUGCGGCAGCGCGGCUUUUCUUCUCUUCAGGAGAUGGACGAGGCCCGGAUGCUCGACACGCUGUUUGACUCUCACAUGCCCGACUACCUGCGCCACCUUGAAAGUCCAACAUCCUUCUUAGUCAAGCAGUUUGCGACGUUCGUAGCCGAAAGACCUUCUCUCCUUCAGACGGCCCGCAGAGCCUUCCUCGGCACCCUCAGAGCGCUGCGUUGCUUGGGGAAGGACGCGCGGGCCGUCUGUUCUCACGCGUCCCUCCACACUGGGCACCUCGCCACAUCGUUCGGAUUGAACGAGGCUCCUCGCGAGGCGGCCAUGCGUUUGAGAACUGGCGAUCACUCUGCACCGCAUUCGGGGGGGAAAUCAGGCGGUCUUGGCGGUCGCCAGAGCCGCAGCAAGGAGCGCGAUGUCGGGAGGUCCGGCUUCGCUUCGAAGGCGAGGCACUCGAAGACGCCGCCCCCUCGCCCGCGCCGUUCCUUCUCCUCAGGCUUCAGAGAGCGAAGCGGAGAAAAGCCUCGCGAAGAGACCAGCGAAAUCGAGGUGGUGCCGGCGAAGCAGGCGAAACAGACAGACAGGUUUUCGGGGGCGAAAACGAAGGACUUGGAGGCCGCGCGAGCCACCCAACACCUGCGUGCGAAAGGCGACCUGCUGCGUGUCUCGGGGAUCGGAAAGAAGAAAAACUUCAACAGCAAAGGAGAGCGGAAGCGGCCGAGACUCGACUCUUCAGACGGCGGAGGCAGAGCGAAGAAAAACCGCAGAGACGACGCGUCAGGAAAGCCGCGAAACGGCCUUGGCGGAAAGCCGGGCCGUCACGCGAAGACGCCGGGUGUACAGACAUCCCGAGGAAAGCGAGGCGGGUCUCAGGAAAGCAGAAUUCGAAAUCUGUCUCAGAGCGAAUUCGGCUGAAGAGCGUCUUCAGUUCCGACGAAACGCUGAACGGCUACACUCUCGCCAGCAGUCUCAAGUCGAGGGAGAGCUCGCUGAAGCCGCUUCUUGGUGGCUCCCAAAGCGCAAAGGGUGUUUCGCGUUUGAAUCAUGCCUUCUGCUCUUUCGUCAGCAUACCGAAGCCGACAGCUUCACCUUUCAUUGACCCGAAAGCGAGCUUCAACAAUCUACAUGCAAUUUCCUUUGUCAACUAAAAAAAAGCUGCACCACUCCACGCCACACCAUCUCGGUACACAGAG